CUGUGCAUGACUGUGUGAACAGUGAAGAAUCAUAGUGUAUUUACAAUCUGGUUUUUCAUUUUUUUUUUUUUAUUUAUCAAAUACGAGUGCCCAAAGACACUCGUAUCCUGGCAAUUCUCACUAGUUCCAGGUUUUUGCCUUUUAGCUAUCACAAGCUUGCACAAAACAGGAUAGGUCAGAUGCAGUCUAUUAUCUACGACGUGAUAUAAAAACACGAAGACGAGCGGUUCGGGCUUUCGUACGUCGGAGCUUCGUGACUGAGCGGAUCAGCUGUUUUUUGGAUUGUUCUUUGAUUGUCGCAAUCCGAAGGAACGCCUUUCGUUGGCGUUCUAUAUUGGUACGAUGAUUAAAUUAUUUCAAACGAAGAACGCGUCUAAGGAUGGAUCAGACCCAAGUGCCUCGAAGAGGACCUGCGCAGCUCAGCUUAGGAUAAACAAGGACGUGAAUGAACUGGAACUACCUCCGGGGUGCCAUAUUGAUUUUCCUGAUAAAAAUGAUUUUCUAAAUUUCCGCUUAUCCAUCGCACCCGACGAGGGAUUUUACAAAGGUGGUCGCUUUCUGUUCAUAUUUAAAGUUCCCGCUAACUACCCUCAUGAUCCGCCAAAGGUUCACUGCGAGACGAGAGUUUAUCACCCAAAUAUCGAUAUGUCUGGCAACAUCUGUCUCAAUAUCCUUCGAGAAGACUGGAAGCCGGUUCUCACAGUCCAGUCGGUAGUGCAUGGGCUUCUGUUCCUGCUCCUCGAUCCUAAUCCUGACGAUCCUCUUAAUAAGGAUGCAGCACAAGUCCUACAGACCAACAGGAAAAUGUUUGAGCAAAAUGUGCGACGCAUGAUGCAAGGCGGGGGCUCUUCAAUGGGGAUGUAUAAAUAACAUUAGUAAUAAUCAUGUAAAUAAAGUAUAAUUAUAAUUCUAAAUAAAUAACGAAUAAAAAUUGCAAACAAAAAUAUAAUCAUUGCUAGAUGAUGCUAUGACUCUAAGUUGUCAUGCAAGGAUGUGGAAAAAUGUUUAACGGAAAAUCGUAGUAAGGACCGUUGGCGAUACCUCCUGCUCCCAAAGCACAUGAGCAACAAGGCGCAGCGAUACUUAAACUCCCAAUGUUCGUAAGAGCCGAAACUUCAUGUAUGAAAGGAGCAGGCAUAUAUACCGCGAAGUCAUUAAGCGUCUAUUUCAGACAGCGUAUACGUCAUGCGCUGCCGUCAUCCUUCGACAUCCAGUGGUUGUCAUUCGACGUCUGCAUCGUUACGGUUAGCAAGUUUUCCUUGUUCGCGUUAUAUGGUAUCGAGUACCGCAUCUGCAUAUAUAGAUAAAUCUGUGGUUCUAUAUAUCUAGAGUACUUCGUGGGUUCAUUUUUGUCAUAGUGAUGUACAAGUGAUAUCAGUUUAUGGCAACAUUAUUCACAAAUAUGUUUAGGAGAAUUUUAACAAAAUGGUUAAUGGAAUCUUACUUAUACUAAUGCUUUUCCUCUAUGUAUUUUACUUUUACAAGUCUGUAUGCAUCAGUCCUCCCACGACGCACAUAAACGUGUGUUCGUAUUGCUUUUAGUUGAAACAACUGUAAUUGGUUUGAAAACCUUUUAAUGAAUGAAAAUAGGGAGAAAAUGGUGAUGAACGAUUACGGAAAUGACGACGACACUUAUGAGCCGUGAAUCUGUGAAAUAUGAUCGACGGGUGUGAUAUUGUCGAAUAAAGCAAUGGUUAUUAAAUUGUAUGUAUAGGGGGAAAAGGGAAUUAUAAUAAAGUUUAAGUGGAGAAUUGAUGCUGAGAGUGUAAUA